CGGAAGUCGGUCCGUUCCGCUGGCAGUCGCGGUAGUCGAGAUAGGUCGAUCCUGUCGCAGGCAAGUUUCGCUCGCCUUCCACUCAUACUCGACUUAACAUUCCAAGGGCCGUCUCUCUGCAACACUGCUCUCUGGUAAGUGCGACCGCCUGCUGCUCGGCGAAGUACCCUUUGUUGCGUUAGAAGCCUAUCAGACACCAUCAGCAAACGUCAUCAUGUAUGCCUGCAGCCGAUUCAUCGCGCCUGUCGCAAAAUCCACCCUGGUCUCCGGCACCAAGACCUAUCUACGGCCACUGAGCAGUGCUGUGAUUAGCCAUAGCCAGUACUUACAGCAGAAUCAUGUUCAGACACCAGUUAGUUUGUCACCAAUUGUGCGCAACUUCCAAACUUCGACAGUCAGUCGUGACAUCGAUUCCGCUGCGAAAUUCAUUGGAGCUGGUGCUGCCACUGUAGGUGUAGCAGGAUCUGGUGCUGGUAUCGGAUCCGUAUUCGGUUCGCUGAUCAUCGGCUAUGCCAGGAAUCCUUCCUUGAAACAGCAAUUAUUCUCGUACGCCAUUCUGGGUUUUGCCCUAUCCGAGGCUAUGGGUCUCUUUUGUCUUAUGAUGGCUUUCCUGCUCCUAUUCGCCUUCUAAGCCACAAUAUCUGCAUAAGAAAUUGCUGAUAUAGUUUUAGUGCGUCACUGCCAAGGCAGCGUCGUCUGGCUCGCCUGGGGAAAGACGGCGCCUGCCUCUGGUGCGCGGGAUGCCAUGAAAUCAUUAGAGAAGCUCAGAUUUCCGUGGGUUCGGUGGGGUUGCGACGGCGCGGCAAUGAACAAGAGUUACAAUUAAAAAGCUACAUGUUACACAUGUCAAUGUCCGCGGAUCGUCUCGGCCCCUUUCCAAGUCUUCAGCUUGUUUGUAAUCAUUUCAUGGCCUACUGUCUCAUGUAGCGUAUAAACUCACAUUGUUAUAAAAUAAUGGAUUUCAGUGUAACAAGAACGAAUAAGACAUUAUUGAAAGUUAAAAGAAAAGAAAAAAUAAGCGACAGCUUCAUCCGCAUAUACCUAUGGAUUACACGUAGGUAUUCACACACUCCGUUAUAGUAUCCUACGCGAGAUAGUACACUUUCUGAAAAAAUCCUCUUGUCACCUUAAAGGGUUCAUCAUUGUUGUGCCGUCGCGUACGCACGUUGUUAAGGUAACUCUUGACGAUAAAAAAAAAACAACCAAAACUGUACAGUGAUACCGAAUAAACAUCUUUGUCGUGAA